AAGACGUGUGGUAUGUUUGCGGCAUGUUCCUCAUCAGCCGAAGAGGGAGGGCGGUGUAGAGAGAGUCUGGCCGCUUCCCGCCUUUUGCUGAGCCUGGGUGUCAGGCUCCGCACUUCUCAUGGAUUGUCUCGCACGGGUCGCGACGCGACGCGAGCACGGCUGCAGCGCCAUCGACACGCCGCGCGUUGGCGCCGUUGGUGGUUGCUUAACCGAUUGCACGGCCCGGCGCGGGUGCGCGAGUUGCUACCAAAUGGGUUGAUGACUAUCAGCCGGGCGCACGCCAGCCAGGGCAGGGGCGAGCAUCGGAGCGGCGUGUAACCCAACACCAUGCGACAGCCGGCGCCGCCCUCUCCUCUUCCGUUUGUUUUUUUGAGUGGAUGGAAUUUCCGGGGGGGCGCCCCACAGACAGGCAGGGGCCUCCAGCAGAGCUGCCGCUACCUGCCACAAAGCGGGCGGCCCACUUUCGACGACCUGGCGCAGGGGUGGGCGCUCGUGGGCCUCGAGGACAAACUGGUGGAGGAGCGCAGCAGCCCCGUCGCCCAAUUUCCCCGUAUGGCCAGCCCGUUUCUUGUGCGCGAGGCGGCCCGAGCCCGCGUUGGGGCGCCACCAGGCAGCCCCGCCCGCCGCCAUUCAUUCGUCGGCGGGGUCAGCAGCGUACGAGCGUGCUUCAGACCGGCAGCGGGGCUCCGGUGUGUGAAUCCGCCCGAGCCCCUCGUAGCGGCGCCGCCCGCGACGCGCCUUGGCUGUGCAGUCUCUGCGCACGCUUCGCUUCGGGGCGCGGGAACGAAUUGGCCCGCCCGCAGCUGCGAGUUGUUUGACCGUGAGGAGCCUGCAGACCAUUUUUGAUUGCCCAGCAGGCUAUACUUGUAUGUUCACACCCCAGAGAAAAGUUGCCAGCGGGACGCUGGCAACUCUGCGGGAGCAGUCAAGCUCCCCUAGACUCAGCGUUGCUUCAUGACUUGGAUGCUUUCAGAAAUCUUUUCUUGCUGCGUUGUAGGUAC